CGCGAGCAGCGCGUCGCUUCGGCACGUCCAGUGCCGUUUUUGGUGCAGGCGCCGUUGCACGUCGAGGCGAUCGGCGUGCCGCUCCCGACGGAGCUAAACAAGCUGCAUGGCACCGACCCGACGCUCGGCGAGAACGUGCAAACGCUCGUCAUCGAUGCGACCGAGACGACGUGGACCGACGGCCAUGAGGACUGGCUGCGUCACGUGACGCCACGUGUGACCAAAGUCGUCGUCGAUGGCGUCGACGACAAGCACCUGGCUGCAAUGCGAGCGCGUGCGGCCCAUUGGACGCCGCAGGGCCCAGGUCUGCAGUGCGCCGUUGAGCGAAGAGACCACGCGGCAAUGGACGACGAUCCGAGCGACGAUUUUCCCUCGUACCUUCGCUAUGCGCCGUAA